AUGGUCGACCUCCCCCCAGGCCUCCUCUACCUCAUCCAACACCUCCCCUCCCUCGCCAUCCCACCCGCCACAGUCCUCGCUUCCACCAAACUGAUAUACCACUUUGACUUGCUCGAUGGAGUCGUCGAAUCUGCCAUCCCCGUUUGGGCUGUCGUACUCGCCUCGGCUUUAUCGCUACCGGUAGCUUUCGUCGGCAAAGCUCUGCUGAAGGGUUUGAAAGACAGACGAGAUGCUGCGAGGAAUGGUGCUGUGUUGCCUCCGCAGAUUUAUGAUCCUUUACCGGGAGGAGUGGGGUUGUUGAGGGCUACCUUGGACAAUUUCGAGAAUGGGUAUCCUGGUGAACUGUUCGAAGACUGGGUCAAGGAAUACGGGAAUAUCGUCAACUUCAAGAUCUUGGGCGAAGAUAGGUUCUUCACCGUCGAACCGGAUCAUAUCAAGGCGAUCCUCGCUACCCAGUUCGAGAGCUUCGAGAAAGGCCCGAAUUUCCAGAGGUUCAUGGGAUCCAUCCUAGGAACGGGUGUCUUCAACUCGGACGGGGAUAUGUGGAGAUUCCACCGAGCCAUGACGCGACCCUUCUUCACGAGGGACCGAAUCAGCCACUUUGACAUCUUCGACCGACACGCCACCGACGCGCUCAACCAACUCAAGGCGCGUCUCCGCGAAGGAUACGCAGUCGACAUCCAAGACCUCGCCUCGCGCUUCACAAUGGACUCCGCCACCGAAUUCCUCUUCGCCAAAGACGUCCAAUCCCUCGCUGCAGGCCUCCCCUACCCACACGACUCACCCUUGCACGCCUCAACCUCCCUCGCCGCCUCCACCCACCCCGCCAACAAAUUCGCUCUCGCUUUCGACGAAGCCCAACGGCUCACCGCCAUCCGAAGCCGCAUGGGCGUGAACUGGCCUUUGGCAGAGUUUUGGCGCGAUAGGGUCAAGAAGGAGAUGGUGACUAUAAACAAGUUUAUUGAUCCUAUUUUGGCGGCGGCGGUGCAGAGGAAGAGGGAGAGUGGGGGAGUGGUGGGGGAGAAGGUGGGUGUUGGGGGGGAGAGGGAGGUUAAGGAGAAUGAGAGUUUGUUGGAUCAUUUGGUUAAUUAUACGGAUGAUGAGAAGGUUUUGAGAGAUGAAACUUUGAAUAUCCUCCUUGCUGGGCGUGAUACGACCACGAACAGUAUUACCUGGUCCGUGUACAUGCUCUCUCAGCAUCCAGACGUCCUGGCCCGUCUUCGUCAAGAAAUCCUCGAAGUCGUGGGUGAAACCCGAAGACCCACGUUCGACGAUAUGAAGGACAUGAAGUACCUCCGUGCCGUGAUCAACGAGACACUUCGUCUCUAUCCUGCUGUGCCUUUCAAUGUUCGAUUCGCAUAUAGCGUCUUCCUCAUGCACAGACGCAAAGACCUCUGGGGUCCCGACGCCGACAAAUUCGACCCCGACCGCUUCCUCGACUCCCGGGUCAAAACCUACCUUACCCCCAACCCCUUCAUCUUCCUCCCCUUCAACGCCGGGCCGCGCAUCUGCCUGGGGCAGCAAUUCGCCUACCACGAGACGUCCUUCUUCCUUAUCAGGCUGUUGCAGCAGUUUAAGAGGAUUGAGCAUGUUCCCGAGGCGCAGCCGGUGUGGUCGAGGCCGCCAGCGAGGUGGAGGGGGAGUGCGGGCCCGAAGGGCGUGGAUGGGGUGAGGAUUAAGAGUUAUUUGACGAUGUCGGUUAUGGGUGGGUGUUGGGUUAGGAUGGAGGAGGCUGGUGGAGAGGAGAAUGUGUAAGUUAGGUUAGGGAGUUGUGUGUGAAUAGGGCUUUGCGUGUAUCUAUACUGGGAGGGUAUAUGGACUUCGAAACUUUGUAGUUGUACGAUAUGCUGGGUUUGGGCUUGAGAUUAUG